CUGUCCCUUAAACUUGCUAUAGUAAUACUAGUUCAUCAUUAUUCUGGAAGCCCGGACUCCUACAGGGGAGGAAAAAGCGUAUUCAAAUACGAUCUAAUGAUGGUGACGGCGUCGUUCCAGAUCUUACAUUAGGUACUCGGUACUUACAGCCACAGGUCCAUCUUAUUUUAGUUUAUUAACCUCUGUGUCUCCAUCUUGCCCCUCAUCUAUCUUUCUGUCAAUCUCUCCAUCUUAUCUAUCUUUAUAUAUUACUCCCCUCCAUCCUUUAUCAUCUUCUAAUACCCUGUUCCCGUCUGUGGUGGUGUUCAAAUUUUUAUGCCCAUUGUGACGCAAUCACUCCCGAAUCGAGACUGAGUGUCUCGCCCAAUCAGCCAUCAUGUCUCUUCUAGGGACGAUAAAUCCUAACAUGAACCCAGAGCGUACCGUAGCAGGUCGCGGAGCUCAGGAGGAGGAAGGAGAAAUUGCCAGGGUCGAAUCCAAUCACCACAACAAUGCCGCCAGUGUCAGCACCGACGAAACCGUCCUGGAACGGUCAAAGGAAGUCGGCGAUGAGGAUGUCGCAGUGGAAGAAGUCACCCGCCUGGCACGCCGAUUGACCCGUCAGUCGACCAGAUUUUCAACCAGUGGCAAUGUCGAGAAUCCAUUUCUCGAAACCAAAGAGGAUUCGACGCUGAAUCCUCUCAGUCCCAAUUUCAAAGCCAGGAACUGGAUGAAGAAUCUGCUCGCUCUUUCGUCCCGGGAUCCUGAACGGUAUCCCAAGCGUGUGGCUGGUGUUGCUUUCAAAAACCUCAGUGUCCAUGGUUAUGGUAGCCCGACUGAUUAUCAGAAGGAUGUGUUCAACUCGGUCUUGGAAGUUGGUACCCUUGUCCGCAGGGUCAUGGGUACCGACAAGCAGAAGAUCCAAAUCCUGCGAGAUUUCGAUGGCGUUGUCAAGAGCGGCGAAAUGCUGGUCGUUCUGGGCCGUCCUGGAAGCGGAUGCUCGACUUUCCUCAAGACCAUCUCCGGCGAAAUGAACGGUAUCUACAUGGAUGAGAAGUCGCACUUGAACUAUCAGGGUAUCUCGUCCAAGCAGAUGCGCAAGCAGUUCCGCGGCGAGGCUAUCUACACUGCCGAAACGGAUGUGCAUUUCCCGCAACUGACCGUGGGUGACACUUUGAAAUUCGCCGCGCUUGCCCGUGCUCCUCGAAACCGUCUGCCUGGUGUCUCCAGAGAGCAGUAUGCCGUGCACAUGCGCGAUGUCGUGAUGGCCAUGCUUGGCCUCACACACACCAUGAACACCAGAGUCGGCAACGAUUUCGUCCGCGGUGUCAGUGGUGGUGAGCGUAAGCGUGUCAGUAUCGCUGAGGCAACACUCAGUGGCAGCCCUCUGCAGUGCUGGGAUAACAGUACCCGUGGUCUGGACAGUGCGAAUGCGCUCGAAUUCUGCAAGACUUUGAACCUGAUGACCAAGUACGCCGGCGCUACCGUUGCCGUGGCUAUUUACCAAGCCUCCCAGAGUGCUUACGAUGUAUUUGACAAAGUGACUGUGUUGUACGAAGGAAGACAGAUUUACUUUGGACGCACCGACGAAGCCAAGGAAUUCUUCACCAACAUGGGAUUUGAAUGUCCGGAACGUCAGACAACCGCUGAUUUCUUGACUUCUCUCACCAGCCCUGCUGAGCGCGUGACCCCUGACGAAUUCGCGAGAGCCUGGAAGAGCAGUGAAGCUUACGCCAAGUUGAUGAGAGAAAUCGAAGAAUACGACCGGGAGUUCCCAAUUGGUGGUGAGUCGCUCAACAAGUUCAUCGAGUCUCGCAGAGCCAUGCAGGCGAAGAACCAGCGAGUCAAAUCCCCCUACACCAUUUCCGUAUGGCAGCAGAUCGAGCUGUGCAUGAUCCGUGGCUUCCAACGUCUUAAGGGUGAUUCCAGUUUGACCAUGUCCCAGUUGAUUGGUAACUUCAUUAUGGCCUUGGUCAUUGGAAGUGUUUUCUACAACCUGCCGGACGACACAAGCAGUUUCUACGCUCGUGGUGCUUUGCUCUUCUUCGCCGUGCUGCUCAACGCCUUCUCCAGUGCCCUCGAGAUUUUGACAUUAUAUGCGCAACGUCCCAUUGUUGAGAAACAAUCUCGCUACGCAAUGUAUCACCCCUUCGCCGAAGCUAUAGCCUCGAUGCUCUGUGACAUGCCUUAUAAGAUCACCAACGCCAUCAUCUUCAACCUUACACUCUACUUCAUGACAAAUCUUCGCCGCGAACCUGGCGCCUUUUUUGUCUUCUUGCUCUUCUCUUUCGUCACCACAUUAACCAUGUCCAUGCUUUUCCGUACGAUGGCUGCUACGUCCCGCACCCUGUCCCAGGCUCUGGUGCCCGCCGCUAUCCUCAUUUUGGGUCUUGUCAUUUAUACCGGCUUCACGAUUCCGACCCGGAAUAUGCUCGGCUGGUCGCGGUGGAUGAACUAUAUCGAUCCCAUCGCGUACGGAUUUGAGAGUUUGAUGGUUAACGAAUUCCACAACCGGCAGUUCCUGUGUCCAGACUCUGCAUUUGUCCCGUCAAGCGGCGCAUACGACAGCCAGCCCUUGGCUUAUCGGGUCUGCUCGACAGUCGGCUCAGUGUCCGGCUCUCGUUACGUCCAAGGCGACGACUACCUCCACCAGAGCUUCCAGUACUAUAAGAGCCACGAGUGGAGGAACCUGGGUAUCAUGAUUGCAUUCAUGUUUUUCUUCAUGUUCACCUACUUGACUGCCACCGAGUACAUUUCGGAAUCGAAGUCGAAGGGUGAAGUGCUACUGUUCCGGCGAGGCCACGCAAAGCCCACCGGUUCCCAUGACGUCGAGAAGAGCCCUGAGGUGUCUUCCGCUGCGAAGACGGACGAGGCCAGUGGCAAAGAGGCUACCGGGGCGAUUCAGAGACAGGAGGCAAUCUUUCAAUGGAAGGAUGUGUGCUACGAUAUCAAGAUCAAGGGCGAACCACGGCGUAUUCUUGAUCACGUCGACGGCUGGGUCAAGCCUGGUACUUGUACUGCUCUCAUGGGUGUCUCCGGUGCUGGUAAGACGACACUUUUGGAUGUGCUCGCGACCCGUGUGACCAUGGGUGUCGUUACUGGUGAAAUGUUGGUUGAUGGACGCCCACGCGAUCAGUCUUUCCAGCGUAAGACGGGCUAUGUCCAGCAACAGGAUCUUCAUCUCCAUACCACGACUGUCAGAGAAGCGCUACGCUUCAGUGCUUUGCUUCGCCAGCCCGCCCAUGUUCCCCGCCAGGAGAAAAUUGACUAUGUUGAGGAGGUUAUCAAGCUGCUUGGCAUGGAAUCCUACGCGGAUGCAGUCGUUGGUGUUCCUGGAGAAGGUCUCAAUGUCGAACAACGGAAACGUCUUACAAUCGGAGUGGAACUCGCAGCGAAGCCUCAACUCCUCCUUUUCCUGGAUGAACCUACGUCUGGCCUCGACAGUCAAACUUCUUGGUCCAUUCUCGAUCUGAUUGACACUCUUACCAAGCACGGCCAAGCUAUUCUGUGUACUAUUCACCAGCCAUCGGCAAUGCUGUUCCAACGAUUCGACCGCCUGCUAUUUCUUGCCAAAGGAGGCAAGACUGUCUACUUUGGUGACAUCGGGGAGAAGUCAUCUACUCUUGCCAGCUACUUUGAGAGAAAUGGCGCUCCUAAGCUUCCUGCCGACGCAAACCCUGCCGAAUGGAUGCUUGAAGUGAUUGGUGCCGCUCCUGGUUCGCAUAGCGACAUCGACUGGCCUGCUGUCUGGCGGGACAGCCCCGAGCGCAAAGCGGUGCAUGAGCACCUUGAUGAAUUGAAAGCGACCCUCUCGCAGAAGCCCAUUGACGCGUCCAAGGCCGAUCCUGGCAGUUACGAUGAGUUCGCUGCCCCUUCACCGUUCAGUUUGUACAUCUACUCCAAGGCCGCACUCUGCGUCCUCACCGCUCUAUAUAUCGGAUUCUCCUUCUUCAACGCCCAGAACAGUGCCCAGGGUCUCCAGAACCAGAUGUUCAGUAUUUUCAUGCUGAUGACUAUCUUCGGUAACCUGGUCCAACAGAUCAUGCCCAACUUCUGCACUCAACGGUCUUUGUAUGAAGUCCGUGAAAGACCUUCAAAGACCUACUCCUGGAAGGCAUUCAUGGCCGCCAACAUCAUUGUUGAGCUUCCAUGGAAUACACUCAUGGCCUUCCUGAUCUUCGUCUGCUGGUACUACCCGAUUGGGCUGUACCGGAACGCCGAACCGACAGACGCCGUCCACGAGCGCGGAGCACUCAUGUUCCUCCUUAUCUGGUCAUUCCUUCUCUUCACCUCCACCUUUGCACACAUGAUGAUCGCCGGUAUCGAACUCGCCGAGACCGGAGGUAACCUUGCCAACCUCCUUUUCUCCCUCUGCCUGAUUUUCUGCGGUGUCCUCGCCCCGCCUCAAUCCCUGCCCGGCUUCUGGAUCUUCAUGUACCGCGUCUCACCGUUCACAUACCUUGUAUCGGCCAUGCUGUCGACCGGCGUCUCAGGCACAACCGCCGUCUGCGAGGCUGUCGAGUUCCUGCACUUCGACCCGCCAAGCAACUUGACCUGUAAGGAUUACAUGGCCGACUACAUGUCCACAAGGGGCGGCUAUCUGGAGAACCCAUCCGCAACCAGCGACUGCGCCUUCUGCACCAUCUCCAGCACAGAUACCUUCCUCGCCGGCGUCAGCAGCCAGUACAAGGACGCCUGGCGUAACUUUGGUAUCAUGUGGGCUUACAUCAUCUUCAACAUCUUCGCCGCCGUUUUCAUUUACUGGCUUGCUCGCGUGCCCAAGGGCAAGAGAUCCAAGGGUUCGACGUGA